AUGCUCCGGCGGUUAUUUUGGAGUGGACGUGGGCGCUCUACGGAGCGAGUCGUUGGAAGAAGAACUCUAGGAUGAGUGAAAAUAUUGACUGCCAUCUGAACAUGUCCUGCGAAUUUUGUCAACGGGCUGAUGAAUGUCCUGAAAAAUAUGGGGAAAAGAGGACUUAUGAGGACUACAAUCUCACUGUUCAUUAUUACUGUGUAUUAAUGUCAAGUGGGAUUUGGCAGAGAGGUGAAGACGAAGAAGGUUUUUAUGGGUUUUUACCUGAAGACAUCCAAAAGGAAAUUAAUCGAGCUGCAAGACUGAAAUGCGCUAUCUGUAAGAGAAAAGGUGCUUCAGUUGGUUGUGUGGCGUCAAGAUGCAAACGAAGCUACCACUUUCCUUGUGGGAUGGAGAGGGGAUGCAUUUUCCAAUUCAUGGGAAAUUUUCCGUCAUUUUGUUGGAAACACCGACCUAUCCAAAAACGCCCCGCUAACUCAAAAGGAUCAUCACAAUGUACAAUAUGUUUGGAGUUGGUUGAACAUGCACCAUCAUACAACAUUUUGACAAGCCCAUGCUGUAAAAAUGCUUGGUUUCAUAGAGACUGUUUGCAGUGUCAAGCCCUGAGUGCAGGAGUGUUUUUUUUCCGAUGCCCAGUAUGUAAUAAUAAAGAGAAAUUUCAGAAUGAAAUGUUGAGAAUGGGCAUCCAUAUUCCAGAAAAAGAUGCCUCCUGGGAACUGGAAGAGAAUGCAUACCAAGACCUUCUUCAGUGUUACCAACAUUGUGAUGUCAAAAGAUGCCUCUGCAAAAAUGGAAGGGACUACAAUGAGUCUGAUAGCAAAUGGGAAAUAAAGCGCUGUCAGUACUGUGGUUCAAGUGGAACUCAUUUGGCAUGUUCAUCACUAACAAGCUGGGAGCAAAACUGGGAAUGCAUAGAAUGUAGAAGCAUCCUUGCCAAAUCAAAUGGGAGCUGUCAGAAAUGGCGAAAGCGUUCGUUGAGUGUGACAGAAAAGACAGAUAUUGGAGACAGUUUGUUGGAAGAUCCGUCACCCAAAUGUGCCAGACAGUCUCCUAGAUCCCACCUUGGCUUCCUUGUCAGGUCUCCAAAGAUGAUAUGCCCUAACAAUUUUACUCAGUGUUCGCAACUGGAUCUUCCCUCUUCCAAUAAUAGAUUAAUAUCCCCAUCCCCCUUGAUCAGUCCUUCAGUGAGGAAUCUGUCACUAAGAAAAACGCAGCUUGGAGUACAGAAAAGAGAAGUCUCCAACAUUCUGAGGGAAUUACAAUCACAAAUUAAUAGCAAACCUACAAGACUGAAUAUCAAUAGGCAAAACAUCUGGGAUAGUGCCUUAAAGGGAUUUCAAAAGCGGAGCUUCAAUCCUGCCCAUACUCUUGAAGUAAAGUAUGUGAACUGCAGGAAUAAAACUGAGAUGGAUAUCUGUUAUUCAUCAAAAGAAGACUUUUUCCUGUUACUGAUGCUUCACCUUCAGAACUCAUCACUCUUUGAAGGCAGUUUAUCAAAAAAUUUAUCUUUUGAUUCUCAAGCUCUUAAAGAUAAUUUAUACUAUGAAGCUGGCAAAAUGAUUGCUGUUUCUCUGGUUCAUGGAGGCCCAUCUCCUAGUUUCUUCUCCAAAACCUUGUUUAACUGCCUUGUCUAUGGCACAGAAAAUGUAAAACCAACUGUAGAAGAUGUGGCAGAUGCAGAUGUUUUGCAAACAAUAGAAAAGAUAAAAUCUGCAAUGACCCUGAGCAGCUUAGAAUCAGUAAUAAUUGAUUCCUCUGACUAUCUCAUUACUGUUGGAUGUUUGAAACCAAUAACAGCUCUGUGUGAUAAGGAUAUGUUGGUGAAUGAAAUAAUAAAUUACCAUGUCAUCAAAAGAACUAUUUUACCUUUUGAAAGCUUUAGGCAAGGUUUGAAAACCCUUGGUGUUUUGGAAAAAAUGCAGAUGAAUCCUGAUGCAUUUUCUAGCAUAUUAUGUCAGAAGCCAGAGAAACUUUCAGCAAAGCUUCUUGGUGAUCUGUUUACAGUCCACUGUUUACCAGGAGCAGACAAAGCUAGAAGAGUUGAUUUCUGGAUGGGUUACUUACAGGAGACGGGUGGUGGUGAAUCAGCUGUAACUCUGGAGGACAUCUUAGUGUUUGCAACUGGCAUCCGCAAUAUUCCACCUAUUGGUUUUGAUCCUGAGCCUUCAGUUAAGUUUCUACACAUAAAAUAUCCCAACAGAAAGAGACACCUUAACUGCUUAGAGCUUCCAAUAUCAAAUUCUUAUGAGAAGUUUAAAACAAUUCUGGAUUUCACCAUCAAAAGUACUCUAAGAUUAGAAUCAGAAGUACAUUAAUCACUACAAUGGACAUGGAAAAUUAAAUGAUGACGCACAUAAGAAGCUUGCCAGCUGCUGUGGGAUAACACAUGCAUUCAUCCUCAUAGGCUUACAAUUUGAUUGUGGAAAUUGCUUAAUUUCAGUCUUUGCAUUUUGAAUUGUGUUUCAAAAUGGUGAACAAACCUUUUAAAACAGCUUGGCAUUAUUUGUAUUUUUUAAAAACACUUGGCCUUAAUCUUAUUCUUAGCCGUAUGCUAUAAAAUAUGCCAGCAAGUAAUUAGUAAAUUAAACAAUUGUGAUUCACAUUUUCUGGCAAAUAAGUCCAGGAAUCCUUUCUAAUUUGUUUGUAAGGGGCUAAAUCCAAGCUAUUGUUCUCAGAAGAAAUAGCCGUACUAGCAGUUAUGCUGCCUUUUCCUAUUGCACAGGUGCUAGUAAGCCUAAGAUCUGCCAGCAGACUUGAGUUGGAUUCUUCCGCUGCACAUAGUUGGGAACUUCAUUUCCACUAGCACAACACCAAGUAUCCAGGAAAUUAUAUUUUUGCGUUAAGUUUUGACCUGUUGGCUUGCUGAUAGGGUGCACUGAAAUGACAGAAGUUAGCAUUUUACAUACUAAAUACAUUUCAAGUAAAUAUUCUAGCUCUUACUUGUGAACAAGGAGUAAGGAAACUAAAUGCAUUACCUCAUUUUUGUCAAUUAUAUUUUUAAAGGUGACAGAACUUUAUGCUUGGUCUGAUAUCCCAGCUACUCCAUAGUGAUGGUGUGAUAUCCUGGCUAUUCUAUGGUUAUGUUUCCGUUGCCUCCGUUCUGUAACCAUUCCAGACCUUUUGCUUUUGAAAUUCUAACGGUACUGAAUAAGCUUUGGGAAAAAAGUACCAUCGUACAAAAGAAUGUGUAGCUCAGAGAAGAUACAAGCAAAGUCAAAUGUGCUAAUUAAAACUGUGUCUUGGUUCCAGUCCAAAUAUGUGGCAAUUGUAAAUAAGUUUUAGAGGUCAUAUUCUGGUUUACCUGUUCUGAAAAAAAUACUCUAGUUCAGCUUAAAGCUGGAAGUGGACAGAGAUUAAUUGGCACCAUGUUUGCACCAACUUUGUAUAUUUUAGAAACUCAAUGCUUUUAAAUUUCCUUCAUGUUGUAUACAUUGUAGAAAUACCAUAUAGAAUAUUAAACUUUUUAAAUUAGGUGAUAGAAUAAUAUGCCUGCUUUUACCAUAUCUCAGGUAUUAGAUACAAUCCAAAGUUGCAGAUUGGUUCUACUUGAGUAGGUGUAGAGGAAACUUUCUGUUCUCCUUUUGGCAAUAGACCCUUGCUUCUCUUGAAAGUUCCUUUCCAGAGGUUGAAGUACCCUCUAGCAGAGUCUUUUGGGUGUUGUGCAUCAGCAACCACAGAAUAUGACUGCACUCUACUGAACACAGUCAUUUGCCUGCCAUGUGUAUGUAUGGAGCGUGUCCAUGCAUUUCUGUCCUAAACUGUGAAUAUUUACAGGGCACAGAGUGAUAUGUGAGGAGUUGUGCCCACAAAAACUUAAGAUAAAAUCUUGGGCUAGUCUUUGUUGCAUUUGGAGAUGUAACUUUACCAAAAGAUUUGAAGUUGUGAAGGGGAAAACAUUCCCCCACAAGGGAAACAGCAUUUGGAGGAAAACUGAAGUAUAUGCAAUAGUCUAAAAACAAAAAAACAAACCUUAACUUGUCUUGCUGCUUUAAGAGCUUAUGAUUAAUCAUAACUCAGCAUAUUUAUUGAAAUCUACAAAGCAAUCCUUUGCAUGUUUACUCAGAAGUAAAACAUAAUCUGUUUAGUGCAACUUACUCCUAAGUAAGCACUCAUAGACUGGGUUCACAGAACCACUCAUGGGUAGGUUAAGCCAUUAUGUGAACUUGCUUCCCACAGGGUGGUUUAUUUUGAGGUAUGAAGGCAUUUUGACAGUUCAUGGCUUGAUCUAGGGCUUCCUGGAGCUGUGGUGAGUUCUCAUGACAUCUGAUCCCAGGUGACAGACCCUAUUGUAAGUUUAGGGAAGCAGUGAGCAAGCUAUUCAACAAGAAUAGCAAAACCUCUUUUUGGGCUCGCCCAGGCCACCACCUGUGACACCAACUGCAGCAAUGCACAGGUGGCACUUUGGAGAAACAGUUACUGGCUUGGUCUCCCCACUUCACUCACAACCCCUAUUUGGUCACUGUCACAGCUGUUUUCCCCUUCACCAUCUUUUCACCAUCUCAGCCAAUGAGAGCACCUUCAAACUGCCUAAACAGCACAUUGGAGCAGCCAUCAGUGGUUCACUGUCUUUUAAAAUAUAUAUCUUGUUAGGUGCUCUAAAUGUGUACAAAUGUUUUUGUGGAGGGGUGGUUUUGGUUUUCACCAGGAAUAAUGCUAGUGCACACUUACAAGUGAAUGAAAUUAAAAGUCUAGUCUGCUCAGUGUCAUGGUAAGUAUCUGUUGUCAAAGAGCAGUAACUACCAACCCUGACAUUGACUAAGAAAGGCUGGUUAUUUUAAUACUUUUCUUAUAAUUUGACAGCUGUCAAAUGCUGAGCUAUGAAGUGAAAAACAAGGCCACAAAAAAUCUUUGCUUGCAAAAGGAACAUCAUCUACUUUUGACAGUUUUCAGUGACCUCAACUUUUUCACCCUUUCCCUGAGUCUAGGUACUCAGGAAAAAAGUGCAUUUCCCAUUUUAUAGAAGCAUAGAGUGUUAACUGCUGUCUUAAGUAAAAGGCUCUUUUAAAACAGUUAUUCACAGUAGUAAAUGGGUUUUUCUGACACAUAAAUCAGCAGGUUUUAUAACUUCAUGAAAAAACAGCAAGAACAGGCUUCUAGUAUCUCCAAGUUAGGUUAGAGGUGACCAGAAAGAAAGCAAGCAACAA